UCGCGGGGCUCUCCUAGGCACUUCUCUCCGGUUGUUGUCACUGAUGAAGUGGACAUAAGCACCUUGCAUGACCAUGCACUACUAUGGGGACCGGUAUAAACACCUGUACCUGCCGGGAUCAGGCUAUAUCACUGAAAGCAUCCAGCAGUGCACACCCCAGGCCAAUGCGUGCAGCACCACGUGCUACCCGGUGAGCGUGAUCAAGAGCCCGAUGCCAAGAUGGCAAAGCUGCACGCAACCUUUCACUUACGUGUGCCCACAGCCAAGCGUGAGCCAGACAUCCCUGUUGUCUUGUCAGCCCUACGUACAGCAGUGUGUCCUGCUGUACCCUGAGCCUUGCGAGACCACUCGCCUUCUGCCCUGCAGGAAGCCCAGCCUGAAGCUGAGCACAAUGCAGAGUUUCCAGCCCUGUGAGACUAACCACCCUGAGAAAAAGCGUGUAGCCAAGAGCCUUCCACCAUGUGCACCCAGGUGCCCAGAACCAGGCAAACUCAAGUUCCCACCGUGUGGGAUCAAGUACUCGGCCUCAUGCAAAGACGAAUGCAGGUCGCAGAAGAUCUCCAAAUGCUCGUCGCAGCGGUACGGCGCGGAGCUCCAGUCCAUGCAGGGGAUGACCAGUGGCUACUCCCCACCUUUGCGGGGAGUCACUGAGUGCCCCCCGCAGCAGUGUGUAACUCAGGAGUACGUGAGCGGGUUCCCCCACCAGAAAUGCAUGAAGGGCUACCCGACGCAGGAGUGCGUCACCACCUACUCCUCGCAGCAGUGUGUAACCAAGUCCCUGCCGCAGCCACCCGUGCCCAAGUGCCCCCCUGGGCAGGGAGCAAAGGAGUGCUCCUUGCACCAACACGCAGUCAAAUGCUCGCUGCCGCAGGAGGGAGCCAAGCACAAGAGCUCAUCGACACAACACCUGAGCAAGUCCAAGUGCCUCUACCCACGGGCCACCCAGCACUCGAUGCAGCAUCACGCAGGUGGGGCGAAACGUUCGAGCCACUCCAAGAAGAGUCGUUGUGGUUCAAAAUGGCUGUGGUAAAAGAAUUAAAGGAGUAGUUGUGUAAACAGCAAGCUACGUAGCUGAGGUGUGAGGUUAUUUUUCUCCCCCUGUUCCCAUUCUUAUCCCCCAGAGAAGCUUUGGCCUUAUUCUACCCCUUAUUGUAUCCAUGUUAAACUCGUAGAGUGCGUUGCCUUCCUUUUGUGACCACACUUCACAUAUUCCUGCAACAGAAGAACUGUUAGUGAGAAGUUAAGUAACUCUGAGCAGGUGCUCAGGCUUUGAACUUCAAACCGAUAAAACUCUGUUACAGUGUGCACACACCGAGAGGUUUUUACUGUUGCUGGAUCAAUCAUAUUCGCCGGUUGUACCAGUCAUAUUAAACUCAGGUUGUAGGUGGA